AUGGGACUAGGCCGGCUGCGCGCGUGGCGCAACUCCGGCGUGAGCGGGCAGUACUUUCUGAAGGCCACGACGACGGACGGCGCGUGCGCCUCCGACGCCUUCGCCGUCGUCCCCGGCGAGGAGGGGACAGCGUCGGCCGUGGAGGCGAGCGGCGGCGUCGGCGCCGCAGGGCGGUGCGCCGCGCAGGUGGUCGACCGGCCGUUUGGCGCCUGGCUGCGCCAGCCGAGCUUGCACCAGCCGGCGGUGACGUACCAGUUUGCGACGUCGCUGCCGACCCGCUGGUCGCGCGUGAGCGUGUCGUCGAUCUGGUCGUGGAACCGCCAGAAGCAGUCGCGGGUGGGGGUGCAGCUGCCGCAGGGCGGGUACUCGCCGCUGGCCUCGCCCUUUCUGCUCGUCGGCCUCGGCCUCACAAACGACUACGUCGAGCAGCUAAUGGUCGGGAUGCCGGCGGGUCGGCUGCGGCGGUUCGAGCAGGCGGUGCUGCCAAACUCGCAGCUGACCGUCAUUCCCCACCCGCUCGACGCGCCGCACGGGUGGGAGAUGCAGCUGUACCUCGAGCCGCGCCAGCAGCUGGCGGUGGCGCUCGUGUGCAGCGCGCUGCUCCUGCUGCUCGGCGCCGUCAUCGCGGUGCUCGAGGUGGUCGAGCGGGUGCACGAUUUUCGUGAGAACAAGGCGCUGAGGCCGGCGCUCCCUCUCUAG